AUGAUCAUCAGCAACUUUAUUGAAUUGCUCAUUGAGGUCUUCAACGAUGUGAUUCCAUUAUUUCUCACUGCUCAAACUUAUGGAUGGCUUCGUCAAUUUAUGGGAGAGUAUACAACACUUUUAGAUGAUUUCUCGUACGCUUUCCCAAUGUUUCUCACGGUUGUUAUGGUAGCUGAGAGAUUUUAUGUUGUGUUUCGACCUCGCGGAGAAUUGUUUUCUGAUCGGAAAUUAUGGUUUUAUUGUCUCCUCCUAGCGAUUUUCACAAUGGUUUUUUGUAUCAUUCCAUUUUUCUCAGGAUGUCCGAUAAACUAUGAUUUCUAUACAUUCACUUACGAAUCACAGUGUGAACACAUCUUCACCUAUCUUUUCGACAAGUACAACGGUGUCAUUCCUCAUGUGUGUAUGUUUCUCAACAUUGGUUUAAUUUUGAACCUUUCUUGUAAAAGAAGAAAAUCCCACAGUGCAAAUGAUGCAGACAUCAUUUGUCCGGAGUUGGCUGCUCAAAUUAUUUUUUAUUCUCAAAAGGCCGCAAUUGGAUUGACUUUCUUCUUGAUUUAUUUUGUUGGAACUCCAGCAACCCGAAUUAUAAUUCUGGAGAAAGCAGCCAAAGUAUUGAACAAAAAUAUGAAAACAAGUUCUGUGAAUGUACAAUCAGUGACAAAACGACCCGGAGCAGUUUAA